CUCUUUGCAUUUGGUUGUUUACUGCGGGAUAGCGUGCGCGCGUGUCAUUGGAACCCAACGAAGAGUGCGAUCUAGGCUACGCUUUACUUCGAACGUCAGCCACAGUUCCGAAUCGCGCACGAGGUUCGCGACAUGAGACUGGAAUAGGGAAGCUGAAUCCGACUGUCGAGCAAAUAUAUCACCCUUGGAAUACAGCCGUCACAAUCCAGCUGAUCGCUACUCACCUUUGGACGAUACGGGACGUUGCCCACCAUGGCUGGUCGCCAGCACGGCCUUUCGCGCACCCUGCCGAAGAACUUCACCUUUUCUUCGACAGGGCUGGGUGAGCCAAGAACCCCAGAGCGUGCCUCAACUCAUCUAGAAGUCCCACCACCUCCCCCUCGUCAUUCCAGUUGCCGUGUGCGCCGGUCCCGUGUCCGCUCGGGGACCGACGUCUUUGCGCAGGCUGAAUACGACCUCAGCACAUCCACCCCCAACCAAUCCGACGUACCCCUGCCCUCGAUCGAAUUUCCCUCUUACGAUGCUUUCGCAGCCGGCCCAUGUCCCACAGUACCCUCCCGUGAUGAUCGCUUCUUGGCUCCUCCCCGGGAUCGUCUGGCCAUGAAAACACCUCCGGCUCAGAUACGCCCCGAUCCGAUCGAUGACACAAACACAGGGUCGUGGUCUUUACAGGAUCCCCAGGCCCUGGGGGAGAGCAUACAACGUCCCAGUUCCGUUUGCUCCCAGGCAUCGGAUUCAUCGGUCUCGUCAAUUGAAACGUUUGGCUCACGGCGUUCAGCGGGCGGAAGCUGUACGAGCAUGGAGAGCGAUUCAUACGACCCAUUCUUCCACCUGGAGCUUCCGUCAAAGCAAACUCCGGAAACGCCUACCCUAUCCCAGACGCGCAAGAAUAAGGCACGAGUACGCCCGCUCAAAGAGCGAUGGACCUUGGAGAUGGACAAUCACCUGUGGAACACUUACCAGGUCUACCUUCAAGACCCUACCAUUACCCCCUUCAAGAUGACUCCAGGUAGCAUUCCACCUCUUGGUGUCACGCACCGCAUUGCCCGAGAGGCGAAGCGGACCUGGGAGAGAAGGCGCUUUAGACUCGAUCGACAGUUUCCGUUUGUGCUCUCAUCGCAUCAGCGCCACUCCACCCCCACGUCUGAUGCAGCGAAGCCAACCUGGCCCAAGUCUGAAGCGUCGACCCGACGCAGGUUAAAAUUGCUCUGUAGAAAAAAGUUCUCAAUCGCUCCGCAUUACCAGAGAAUGAUGCAGUCCAAGAGCCCGACACCGUUCCUGGACUUGCUCUCACACCCAUCCGGGGAGCCUGCCCGAGCCGAGGCUCCUAACAACAGUUCCACUGUAUAUGCGACGCGCGACCUGGGCGUGUCCCUGAUGUCCAGCUCCGCCCCCGGACCUUUGGCCCAACUAGCAGCGGAAGACCCGUCACCCCGGGAGGUUAGUAACGAGUGGUUCAACAACCCUGUUCUCAGUGGAUUUCAUCAAGCCAUGGUUGUGCCACCCACGAUACCCCUUGCCAGUGCCAGCAAACAGGAGCCAGUGCCACGACUAGGGUCACCCUUUACGUACAACAACACCUGGGGACCCGGUGGCUCGAGAAAGCGCCUCCACCGUCAUACACCGAGAAGUCGGCGAGAAACCAUCCAUGUGACAGGGUCCCGGCUUCGUUCUCCGCCCCGCAUGGAGGCCUUCCCCAACCUGGCUCCAUAUGCUGUCACGACCAGUGACUCGCCAGCCGAGCAAGACACGCAAGAGCAGCUCGAAGUCCUUCUCCGGCAAGGAAAGCUCAAUGACAUUGGGCAGCAUCGGAUACGGAUUCGCAACCGUGGCGCCACAACAAGUGCAGUCAACCACAAGGGCCUCGACCAAUUGUUCUCCCCGCCAUCCUCCUCAUCUCGGAGUGAAGAAGAGAACCUGGUGGGGAAACCUGUAGCCAAUCCAAUGCUGAAUCUUGCUGGCGAAAGUAUCAAGCGUUUGGGCUCACCUUUCAAGGUGGAACUAUCCAAACGACCCCAACCAUCACCUAGGCGCAUUAGACAUGCUCCAUCUCUUUCAGAUCCAUUUGCGAGUGGACUAUUACCGCCGUUGAACCCGGCAAGCCCGAAUAGUCAGCCUCGGAAUCAAGACAUGGCUGGCCUGCUCCCUUACGACCCAACGGAACAAGGCAUAUCCGAUGCGGAACGCAUUCGGAGGCAAAUCUUGAAUUUGUCGCACGCAAAGCGAUAGGUUUGAGUACCGCAUAGUUGGAAAUCUGAUUUCACCAUGUGUCAACCUCGCAUCGAUGUAUCAAACUAAUGACCUGGAUGAUUUACCGUGAGAUUGAUCGCAUUUGAUCAAAGAAUAUAAUGACAGAAACGGCAGCCACGAAUUGAUGACCUCACCCCUCUCUCUUCUGAUUGAGACAUUGCAUUUGUUCCAGACAAGCGUUGCAUG